AUGGUUUGCUCAAUGUGCGGUCUUGUGGUUGCCGAAAGGGUAAUUGAUGUGGGGUCAGAGUGGCGAACUUUCUCAAAUGACUCGAACGCAAAGGAUAUGUCUCGAGUUGGUGCAGCCGAAAACCCUCUCUUUAAUGGAGGGGAUCUUUCUACCAUGAUUAGUGGAACAUCUUAUAAUGACCCGCGUCAACUCGACGAGCAAGGCAGGGCUCUCUACCGCAAUCGUCGUAACAUAUCCGGAUCUGAUCGAGCUCUCAUAAAUGCAUUCAAAGAAAUAAGCCAAAUGGCAGAAAGACUUAAUCUCCCUAAAAGCAUAUCGGAUCAUGCCAACCUUCUGUUUAAACAAGUCUAUGAAACUAAGAACCUCCGUGGACGAAGUAACGAUGCCGUCUCCACUGCUUGUCUUUACAUGGCUUGCCGUCAGGAGGGUGUCCCCCGGACAUUUAAAGAGGUGUGCGCAGUGACACGGGUCUCCAAGAAAGACGUUGGUAAGGUCUUCAAGAAGAUCCUCAAGACUCUAGAGACCAACGUGGCCUCCGUAUCAGUGGAAGAUUUCAUGACGCGUUUUUGCGCCAACCUUAAUCUCGACAUCUCCGUGCAGCAGCUGGCCAACACGGUUGCCCGACGUGCACUCAACCUUAACCUCGUGUCUGGACGGAGUCCCGUCUCUGUGGCUGCUGCCGCUAUCUACAUGGCUGCUUUGGCCCUUGGAUGUCGCAAGGAGAAAAAGGAAAUCGGCGACGUGGCAGGCUGUGCGGAGGCCACAAUCACUUGCACGUACCGGGCAAUGCACCCGAGGGCGGUGGAACUCUUUCCCGACGAUUUGCGACUCUGUAUCCGACCAGAAAAGUUCCCCCCUUGA